GAAGCUGCUCCCACCGUCCUUUCAGAAAGUCCUUUCCAGAUUCUAACCACUCGCCAUUUGUAAAAGACAACCUCACUUUACUUUUUAAUUGUGCCGGUAUCCCUGAAAUUGUUCUGACAGCGGAAGCAGUCUCUAUCUGUUCUGUCUAUAUUCCUAACAUUUUGAGCAUUAUUUUCAAGGGGGUUCAUACGUUUACAGGCUUUGUAUUAAGUUGGCGCGGGUUUGCCACGCCGAUGCACGCCAGCAAAGUUUGGGCAUUUUAGAGCCAGCAGUGGAGUCAGCAAUGCUUUCACUAUGAAGGCACAUAAAUAACACUGUGCCCAGGCAUCCAGUUCGAACCAGUCUUUUGUACUGCCAGAGCACAGCAAAGCCUGAUAACACCCUGGGAAAGUGCCAAUCUUCUCAUCUGUAAGGAACCCGAAUGCACACAACGAACAGCAAUUGCUGGGGAAGGAAAUCCGCUGGCUAGGCAUUGGUAGCGGUGGAUUUACAAAACGCUGUACAAGUACUAUCAGCGCAAUGGCAAUGACAGAUCAAAAAAGCUUUCAUAUCAACACGCCACUUCAUGAGAGUCUCUCACUCUCUAAGGUGGCAGGGACAAGAGUCUACAUCAAACUUGACAAUGUGCAGCCAACUGGCUCCUUUAAGAUAAGAGGAAUUGGGCAUUUCUGUAUAAAGGCUGCAGAGAAAGGCUGCAAACAUUUUGUAUGCUCUUCUGGAGGGAACGCAGGCCUAGCUGCUGCCUUUGCUGCUCAGAAGCUCCAGAUCCCUGCCACCAUUCUGGUUCCGAGUAGCACGCCAGCAUUUACUGUUCAGAAAUUGAGAGAUCACGGAGCCUUUGUGGAAGUGGUCGGUAAGGUUUGGGAUGAUGCUAAUAAGGAAGCAUUAAAACUGUCUGAAAAUGAUGGCUGGGUAUACGUUUCACCUUUCAACCACCCACUGAUUUGGGAAGGGCAUGCCACCGUCGUGAAAGAGCUUUGGGAGUCACUACCUUGCAAACCCGGUGCUAUCAUCCUGUCGGUUGGAGGUGGUGGUCUUCUUUGUGGAGUGGUUGAAGGGCUGAAGAACGUGGGUUGGUGUGAUGUGCCUGUAAUUGCCAUGGAGACCAAAGGUGCAGAGAGUCUGAACGCAGCAGUGAAGGCUGGGAAAUUGGUCACCCUCCCCGAUAUCACAAGUGUAGCUAUAACCCUAGGAGCUAAAACUGUGUGUGAGAAGGCACUUCAGAAUGCACAGGAACACAAUAUUCUCCCUGAGGUAAUCAGUGACCAGGAAGCUGUGCAAGCAGUGGAGAGAUUCCUAGAUGAUGAAAGGUUUUUGGUUGAGCCAGCCUGUGGUGCAUCGCUAGCUGCCAUUUACGCUGGAACAAUCAAGCGACUGCAGAAAGAGGGACGGUUGGCCCAGGAUCUACAGUCAAUAGUUGUCAUUGUCUGUGGUGGAAGCAGCAUCACAAUGGCACAGCUCAAAGAAUAUAAAAUACUACUUGGACAAAGCUAAACACGUGUUUUUUUACUGAAUUUAGCACUUCUCUUAUAAACUCUCUUUGUCUGCCAGACAAUAAUCAUGUGAAAUCAAAUGACUGGAAUUGUUGGGGAAUGCUGGAUCCCUGGUGAAUUGAAUGGAUGUGGCGAGCUUCUCAUUUCUUAUCAUUUGUCCAGUCCCUUCUCAACAGCAUUUGUGUUUCUUUCAACACUCCUUUUACUUUAACAAUUUCUAGUUUCUCAGCCCUGACUGUAUUCUUAUCGCCACGGUUGUUCAGUCUCUCUAUUCAUCCCCCAACUUAAAUGAAACCCCACCAGUCUCCAUCUACUCCCAUCCGAACUCACCAGCUGAACUUGUUCUCAUAUUGAUCGACCUGCUCUUUGCCUCAACUCACUUCCUCCGAAUAAUACAUGGCAUGGUGGGAACCCCUGUGUGUCCUAGCUUUAAUUCUCACAUGGGUGCCCACCCCUUGGAUUAAUUGGUUUUUAUUUCAGAGUUAGUCACAUUAUGCUGGAUCUGGAGUCUCCUGUAGGCCAGACCAGGAGAGCACAGCACAUUUCCUUCCCUGAAGGAUAUUAGUGAAUAUGAUAGAUUUUUAUGACAAUUAAUGAUAGUCUCGGAAAUGAUCACCACAAAACUAACUUUAAGUUCCAAAUUUUAUUUAUUGGACUUACAUUACGCUUAGGACAUGGGUGCCAUUUGAAUUCAUGUCUCUAGUGAAUUAGCCUGGCUGUCUGGAUUAAGAAUCCAGAACCACUCCCACAAUACCACCAUCUCACCUUUUGUGGUACAUGCGGCAAGUCCCUUAUUCGAGUCUUAUUCCCUCAUUUAUUUUUCCGUACUUUGAUUUAGCAAUACUAGUUCCUACUCUUGAACUGAAACAGAAAGUUUAAUUGACUUUGCUUCCAAUUUUGUGCAUUUCCUUUAACUUCCAAUAGUCCACUUGGCUCUUCCCUUCAUUUUCUGAACUUCUGUGUGCUAUUUCAGAAGUAGAUUAUCAACUAAUAUUCUCUUUAUGCCUCUUGACUCUAGCAGACUACACUUGCUGAAGGAAGACUAUUCCAUUUUCCCAUGUUGUCAGUUAUAUUUGUUCUGAUAAUGCCACAUUCCAUGCCAGUGCUGUCUUUACCCUCAAUUUAAAAUUGCAGUUCACCAUGGUUGACUGGGCUCUUGACUAUGUCUUUUCCAUUUCCCAAAUUUCUGCGCUUGCCUCUUUCCCCUCCUUUAUAGAACGACUAUGGGAUUGCUGUCAUUUGUUCAUCCCAUCACCCUCCAUGUUCAAUGGAUCAUCUUUCCAGUUUUGAUUGCCUGCAGCAUAAUGUCACCACCAAACUUGUCUUUCUUUCCCAUUCGGCAAUUGGAAUUCUUGGUCCUCGAUAUCCUAAUCAACUCCUUGAUUACUCUCAACAUUCCCGUGCAAGUGUCAUUUUGUCUCCUCUCUUCAAUUGUCCAAGCUCCAGAUGCUUCUUCCUGGUGAAACAGUGACAUACUUGCACUUCCAAUUUAUUACACUGUGUUUGCUUCUCAUGAUACAGUCUUCUCUGCAUCACAGAGAUCAAACACUGAUAGGGGACCAUGUUGUGGAAUACCUCUGUUCAGUCCAUAAUCACUACCCUGAGCUUCUGGUUGACUGUGUUCCACUAUCACUUCAUACUUUCUAUUGUUGGCCUCCUGGACUGCUCCAGUGGAACUCAAAGUAAACUUCGGAAACAGCAAUCCCCCUUUCAAUUUGGUACUUUACAGACUUCUAAACUCCACCUUGAUAAUGAAAUUGUUGAACUUAUAAUUUCUGUUUCAACUUUCCUUGAUCCACUUACACUUUGUCCAGAUCCAACUUUUGUUUCUUUACUUAUUCUGUUACAAUCUCCUUUAAACAUACUCCAUCACCUCUUUGUUCUCCCCUUGUACUUUAUCACUGAUCUUCCUGUUCUUCUUUUAUGUCUUAUUCCUUUUUCUACAUCAGUACUUGCUUAAAACCUGUUGCAUCUUUAAGGGUAUUGACCUGAAAUGUUACAUUUCUCUCUGCUGCCUGAUGUUGGGUAUGACCAGCAUUUACUGUUUUAAUCUUGGCUGGACUUUAUUUCUGUGUCUUGCAAAGCAGCUUUGAAAUAUUUCAAAGUUAUAUAUCUCAAACCCAUUCUUGACAAAGUGCUCCUUCCCAGUGAUGUUGGCCUGCUUUCUUUGCCAUCACUGCCUGUCCUAAAGUCGCUUGGAUUGGAUCAAGCAGGGCAAGAGGGAAUGUGGAAAGCAAUCGGAAUCAUUGUAUUGGGUGAGUGAGAGGGGAAGAACAGAUGGAAAGCAAAGAACAGCGGGAUGAUGUAAAGGCAACCUUUAGUUAGAUGAUUAAAUAAAUGAAAAUAUUUGUAAUUAUUCUAUUGGGGAAAAGUGUUAAGCAAUUAGCUGUGUAAAAAGAAUUCUAAUAACAUUUUUCUUUUGGAAGAUUUGAUGAUUUUUGAUUCUCUCUAAUAUUCAUGUUUAUAUGGGAGCCCUGGGUUUGCAGCUGAAACCAUUGAACAUUGAAAGCUGUUAAUUAUUUUGCUCGUCAUCAUGGUGAGAUCCAGGGUAUUGGAUUAGUGACAAUCAUAGAAACUUCAAAUGUCAUUUUCAAAUGGCAGUGAAACAUUUCAAAGUUCUGUUCUGUCCGUGCAUGAAGUGAUUUGGUGUGUUCAUUCCUUGGGGCAGUGUUAUAAUCUAAUCCAAUUGGACCCAGCUGGCUGGACAACCACUCAUUCUGGUGGCUACAAAGAGGAAUAAAUAUUGGCAUUUAAUUUCAUUAUAAUGUUCCUGAAACAAAGUUGGUUCAUGAUGAAUGCAUUUUUUUGAAAUCACUAUCAGAAAAAAUGUUUCCUUUGAAAUCAUAACGGCCUUGAAGAGAAAUGUGUUUGAUAGUUAUCUUUUACAUAACAGAAGAGAUGUAUCAUUUUCAACACCGUGAUACAUGUCUCUCACACACAUGCAUUAACUGUGAUGAAAAACGUUUAAGACUCACGUAAGAUUUGGAAGGUAUCUUUCUGGGGCAACCUUGAUUUCAGACUCAGGGAGAAAUUCACUGAGAGUGGAAUUUUGCAAUAAAAUUUCUGAAGAGGGGGUGGGGUGCAAGCCUGCUAGCAGCUUUUGGGUCCUAAAGUCUGCUAAUUAGACCUACCCCUUGACGGAUCCAGUGGACCAUUGCAUUCCUGACCAGUCAGCAACAAACCACUAAUUAGUCUCAUCCCUUUUCCCAACAGUUUGCGUAUAGCCUUUUAUGCCUUGGCACUGCAAGUGCGCAUCUAAAUAAUUCUUAAAUGUUAUGAGGAUUUCAGCUUCUACCACCCUUAUAGUUAGUGUGUUCCAGAUUCCACCACUCUCUGGAUGAAAAUAUUUUCCUGUCAUCCCUGGUAAACCUUCUGCCCCUUAUCAUAAAUCUAUGCCUCCUGUCAUUGACCCCUCCAUCAAGGGGAAAGGCUUCUUCCUUUCUAUGCUAUCUAUGUUCCGAAUGAUUUUAUACGUCCUAAUCAUGUCUCCUUUCAGGCUCCUCUGCUCUAAGGAAAACAACGGGAUCUGACAAUUCUUUUUCAUGACUGAAACUCUCCAGCCCAGGCAACGUCCCUGUUAAAUCUCCUCUGCCGCCAGUCCAGUGCUACCAUAUCCCUCCUAUUAUGUGGAUUGCAGAACUGCACACAAUACUCAAUACGCUGUGGCCCAUCCAACAUUUAAUGCAGUUUCACCAUAAUCUCUCUGCUCAAUGCCUUAGCUCAUAAAGGCAAACAUACCAUAAAGGCAUUCUUAACCACUUCAAUCACCUAUCUUUGUUACCUCAAGGGACUGGUGUACAUGCACACCAAGGUUCCUCUGAUCCUUGGUACUUCCCAGGUUCCUGUUCAUCAUAUCCCUUGCCUUAUUUGUCUUGCCUGUGCACCACCUGACAUUUAUCUGGAUUGGUAUUCCAUGUGGGUUAGAGGAUGCAGGGGAAAGGAGUUUGGGAGGGUAGGGCAUUAUUUGAGUUUCAGAGGUCACAAACAUCCCCUGUACCUCUAGUUCCCUGUGUCUGGGUGUAUUGGAGUCCAAUACUCAGCAGGUAGAUGGCAAUAAUUUACCAGCCGAGCCAUGUUUUCUGUCUUUCGGAGAGGCAAGUGACCAUUCAUCUGGUGAGUUUGCACCCUUAUUUGGUGACUAACUGGCCGUUUUGAGGUGACAAGCAGAGGGUGAGUUUCUAUCCAGGGCUAGCUCACCCAAUUAUUUCCCCUUCUGGCUACCUCUAAAUGGGGAAACAUUGCUCCCCAAGUCUUCUUGUUUGUUCAAAUAAAUCUCUGAAGACAUCUGGGUUGACUGCCGAUCUUGCAGGUUGUCUUUGCUUAAGCUCACAGAUCACUACUGACAUGUUAAAACUGUGAAGCACAUUGGGUUAAAGGUUGUAUUGACUGAUGUUAUUGCAAAGACUUCAUUCUGUCUAAUGCUGUAACUCAUCCCAGCUUGUUGUUCUUAAGGAUGUUCAAUAAUUAACAUCCCAGUUGUACUGAAAUAAGUUGUCAUCUAUCAUGAGUAUUUCUAAAGGUUAUUUUUCAUUAUUUUAUGCUAUCAAUACCAUACCUCCAGACAGUGAUCUUCAAAAACCUUCAUUUGGUAAACAUUAGAGACUUAGCAUCCCAAAUCAACAUUAUAGUGACUCUUAGACUCUGCCACAUACUUUGUAAUGGCAAGAGGUUUCUGAUGAGCAUUAACUCAAGUAAAGAGACAUGAGUAAGUAGGAAAUGAAGGUCGUGGGUUUGAGCAUUAUAUUUAGUGCCAGCUGACUCAGUGUGUGAAUGCUCAGUCUAAUCUUAGAGUUUUGAGACACAGUAUCUUGAAUUGGAGAAAACAUUGUUCUAUGUUGGCAGACAUAAAUGCAUGUGCAGAUUUCUGUUCACCAGUGAAAUUUGUGUUACAAAAGAGUUGUUGGUACAGGCACCCACUUGCCUGUCAUUUGAAGUUGACUUUCAAUACAGCUAAUUGCUAAAUUGUUGGGUCGAUUUGCCACGUGUUGAGUAUUGGCAUACCAUCAAAGGACAUUAAUGCGAAACACGUAGUGCCAGUUUGAGGAAGUGUUAAUGUCUGAGGUAUAUUUAACAGUUGGAAUGAAUAGAAUUUUAUGUGCAAAAUUUAUAUUUAAUUUUCUUUCUUUACUUUGAGUUGCAUAACAUUUCCUGCAUGACUGACUGGGGGAAGAGCAUGGGAGGAAAUUCAAAAAGAUUAAGAAACUGUAGGGGUGAUGAUCUAUGUGAUGUGUCUCAGCAAUUGCUUUUUAAAUGAUCACAUACUAAUUCUCUGACUUUAUUAUUCCCUAUGGCUGUAAGUGCUCUACUGUAUGACAGUGAAAGUAGGUGGAAGACUAACAAUGAAUUGUUCUAUUAAUUAAAUAUAUCCCCAAAUAUAAAAGGGUAUAAAACAACAAGUAGGCACUUAGUGAUUCUUUUUCUAAUAUUACUAAUUUGCUAAUGUUCUGUGUAUGAUAUUGAGUAUACCAGAAGAGAAUGGCACUACUAUUAAUUAUCAAACAAAACUUUAAUAUAUUAAUAUAUUGAAAGAUAAUUAACAUCAUUAUUGCAGUAAUACAAAAUGUAUUCCUUGAAGCAGCUCUUGAAUUCUUAAAUACAAUUGGCUAUGAUGUCCUGUUGUACAUUUUAAGCAGUGUGAUUUUUUGGAUGUACACCAUAUGUGGAGGAAGUUUUCAUGGAAUGGGUGUCAUUAUAAAUGUUGCGAUUUAAAAAAAAACACUUUUAUGUUUGGUUCUGCUCUGUAGCAUUUUGCAAAGCAAGCUAUGUUAACUUGAUAAACUUAUGCAGCCACCAAUAACUGACUGUAACCAUUCUAUGUAAAUUCCAAAUAAAUGAACAAAUAGGCUAUUUGUA